GGUUCUAGUUCUGGUUCUAGUUCGGAUUUGGUCUGUGUUUGUAUCUUGGACUAGAACCAGAACUGAGUCCUCGCGCCCUGUUUCCGCUGGGACAGUUUCUGCUGCCCCCCUGUGUUCAGACGGUGUAACUGCAGCAGCUCAGCACCGACCUGCUGCAGCCUGAUGGGAACCUCUGAGCAGCUCAGAAGGUCCCAGUGUGUCUGAGAUGGUCCCAGAGGUGGAAGGAGGAUCUGGAGCGGACCUUCUGGGUCCAGAUGUUCCUCAGCCUGAGCCAGGCUGCAGCAGGAAGUGAGGUCACUUUAUUCCCCCUGCAGACUGAACUUUGACUUUACUUUCAUUUUCUGGGUGAGGAAGACAGACUCAGAGCAAAUAAACCCAGAGCGACUGGUUCUGCUGGGUCCGCUCCAUUCAGGGUCGGAUCCUCCUCCUCUGAUGGGGGAACCUCUGCUGAAGGUGGCCCAGAAGGCUGGGGAUUCUGUGAGCGGACCGGUCCGGACCCUCAGGGUGAAGAUGGUUCUGCUGGGAAGCUCUGGAGUCGGAAAGUCCAGCCUGGCUUUGAGAUUCGGAGAGGACCGCUUCAGGAACACGUCUCCCACUGUGGGCUGUGCCUACCUGACCCAGCUGGUCCACCUGGGAGACGUCUCGCUCCGCUUUGAGAUCUGGGACACGGCAGGGCAGGAGAAGUACCACAGCGUGACGCCGCUGUACUACAGAGGAGCCCACGCCGCCCUGGUGGUCUACGACAUCAGCAGCAGGGACACCUUCAUCAGAGCCCAGCUAUGGAUCCAAGAGCUGGAGAAGCAGUACAUCCCAGGAUCCACCGUCCUCUGGCUCGUAGGCAACAAGGCAGACCGGGAUCAGAACCGGCAGGUUUCAACUCAGGAAGGACUGGGUCUGGCCGGUUCCAGAGGUCUGUCCUUCACAGAGACCUCGGCCCUGUCCGGGGAGCGGGUCAGCCAGCUGCUGUCAGCUGUGGCCCACAGAGUCUAUGAGUCCAUAGGAGAGCAGCAGGGAGGUCUGUCCGAGUGGAAGGAGAACCUGCUGCUGGACCAGAACCAGAACCAGAACCAGUCCUCCUGCUGUAGAGCUGGACCCUGAUCUUCUCAAUCUGGUUUCAACCAGUUUAAAGCUCAACUGUAGAUUGUUGUUCUGGUCAAAGACGACCAGAACCCGACCCGGUUGGAGGUUCGGACCAAAGAUGUUAGAUAAAAUGUUUGAUGAACAAUAAAAAAGUUGAAAACCUUAA